UCGACCCUUGAUAUCUCUCUAAAACCCUGGGAAAGCAUCACCAAAACCCUGUUUCUGAGUUUCCCAUCAUUUCAGUCCCGCACUCUCUUUCAACCUCCAGUUGCUAAUUUGCUACCGAUGGGUUCAGGCUUCGUUUUUGACGUACCAAGCGACGAAGAACCCAACGACGUCAACGAAAAUGAAACCGAAUCUGCUUGGGACUUCGCCGACUACUCUGAAGCCGUAACGGAAGAACACGUCCUCCGCGGCACUACCUCCGUCGACCACAAAAUCCAGAAGCUUCGCCAACAACGCUCUGUCUCCCUCCCUAACCCUACCGAAUCCGACUCCGAUUCCGAAUCCAAUAAACAAGUGGAUUACAAGCCUGAAGAAGGAGAUGAUGACGAAACCGAUGUUGUGGAAAGUAAUAAGCCUUUCUUUGCAGCUGCUGAAGGUGUUUCCUAUCAGGCUAAAUCGUUCUUGGAGCUUAAUCUUUCGAGGCCGUUGCUUCGAGCUUGCGAAACGUUAGGAUACUCUAAGCCUACACCAAUUCAGGCGGCUUGUAUACCAUUGGCGAUGGCUGGGCGUGAUAUAUGUGCGAGUGCAAUUACUGGUUCUGGGAAGACCGCAGCUUUCACCUUGCCGACUCUGGAGAGGUUGCUAUACCGUCCAAAGCGUGUACCAGCUAUUAGGGUUCUUAUACUUACUCCAACCAGGGAGCUAGCUGUCCAGGUUCACAGUAUGAUAGAAAAACUUGCUCAAUUUACAGAUAUAAGAUGCUGUCUGAUUGUUGGUGGGCUAUCAACUAAGGUGCAAGAGGCUGCGCUAAGGUCAAUGCCAGAUGUUGUUGUGGCCACCCCAGGGCGUAUGAUUGACCAUUUACGUAACUCAAUGUCUGUAGAUCUAGACGAUCUUGCUGUUUUGAUUCUUGAUGAGGCUGAUAGACUUUUGGAGCUUGGAUUUAAUGCUGAGAUCCAGGAACUUGUUCGUAUGUGUUCCAAACGGAGGCAGACAAUGUUGUUUUCUGCCACAAUGACUGAAGAAGUUGCUGAGCUUGUUAAACUAUCUUUAAAAAAACCACUGCGUCUGUCAGCUGAUCCAUCAGCUCAACGACCAGCAUCUUUGACUGAAGAGGUUGUGAGAAUAAGAAGAAUGCGUGAAGCGCAUUAUGAGGCAGUUCUUCUUGCAUUAUGCUCAAAAGCAUUCACAUCCAGAGUUAUCAUUUUUAGUGGAACCAAGCUGGCUGCUCAUAGGUUGAAGAUAUUAUUUGGAUUAGCAGGCCUAAAAGCAGCAGAGAUUCAUAGUCAUCUUACACAAGCGCAGCGUCUUGAUGCUCUUGAACUUUUCAGAAAACAGGAAGUAGACUUCUUGAUUGCAACUGAUGUUGCUGCUCGUGGGCUUGACAUAGCUGGGAUUAGGACAGUCAUUAAUUAUGCGUGUCCCCGUGAUCUUACAACCUAUGUGCAUCGAGUAGGUCGUACAGCAAGAGCUGGUCGGGAAGGAUAUGCCGUCACAUUUGUCACUGAUAAUGAUCGCUCUCUGCUAAGAGCUAUUGCAAAAAAGGCUGGUUCUAAGUUGAAAAGCAGAAUUGUUGCUGAAGAGUCAAUAAAUAAGUGGGCGCAAACGAUUGAGCAGAUGGAAGAUCAGGUUGCUACUGUUCUUCGAGAAGAGAAAGAAGAAAUGGCUUUGAGAAAAGCAGAGAUGGAAGCAGCAAAGGCAGAAAAUAUGAUUGAGCACAGGGACGAAAUAUUUUCCCGACCUAAAAGGACGUGGUUUAUAACCGAGAAGGAAAAGAACUUAAUUGCAAAGGAGAUGAAGGAAUCCACUGAAAUGGGGAAAAAUUCUGCUAAUGUCGUGGUGAGUGCCCAACAAGCGGAAGAUUUGAAAUUGAAGGAAAAGAGGAAACGAGAGCGUGAGAAAAACUUGCCCAGAAAGAAACGCAGAAAGCUGGAAGCAGAGAGAGAGAUGUUGGAAGAAGAAAACGAGUCUGAUGAUUCAGAAGGGGAGAAUAAAAAGGGUAAGAAAGAUAGAAGUGGAAUACCACUUGUUGAUGUGGCCUAUCGCAGAGCUAAAGCAGUCAAGGCUGGUUUAAAGGCCCAAGAUGCUGGCAAAAGACCCAAAAAGGCGGGGAAGAAAGCAGCACAACCUCAGUCAAGAACAGGAGAGAUGCAGGAGCUGUUCCAGAGCGACAUGAGUGAAAAACGGGGGAAAAAGAACCUUCAGCAAUUUGGAAAGAAGUCGAAGAAUUCAUUUAAGAGCAAAUCAAGGUAUAAGCGGAGGUAGGCAUUUUAUCCAAUUCAAGACUGCUGACAAUGUCUAGGGGGCAGGCAAGAAAUGCAUUUGCGCAAUGGGCAAUUGAUUUUCACUUACCUUGGAACUUCACUUGUUUAAAGUGCAAACUCAGUGCAAUUUUAUUGGACUAUCUUCAGUGGAAAUAUAUAGUUGGAAUUGUGCUGCAUCUCAGCAGGACGGCUAACAGUGGGCAUGCUGGAGAUUGAACUUAACAUGGCUUAUCCGACUAUCUAUGUUGGGCACUGAGGAUUAUAUAUGCAAUGCGGUGGUCAUGUAAAGCUUGAUAAUAGCUCUAGUGUGCAACUUUUCUCUUAUUUGUUUGAUAUAAUAUCCUUUUUGGUGAACGAUGAUUGAUGUAAUAUUUUGAAGAUUCCACAAGGUUGCAUUUGUAAUAUUUGCUACUUGUAUUUCAUAGGUCUGGAUUAUCCUGCAUGCUGGACAACUUCUCACCACCUGCAUAAAUUUACUGGACACCUGCAUAAAGAACUCUUUAAUAUU